AUGGGCCAGAAGAUGGGCAAGGGCCACGUCGUCGAGGCGGCGGAGCCCUUCCUGAGCCUGCCGCAGUCCGCCGUCGACGAGCUCUGGCGGUCCUUCAACCUGAACACGGAGGGCUGGGGCCUCAACCCGGCGCAGUUCACGCGCAUGCUCGGGGCGCUGACGCAGACGCUGCAGCUCGACGACGACGCCGCCCGGGACCUCUACGGGAAGCUCUUCGAGGUCUUCGACACGGACAAGAACGACCUCAUCGACGCGCUCGAGUUCCUGGCGACGAUCGCCGCCAUCUCGGGCAUGGACGCGAACAAGAAGAUGAUGUUCGUCUUCAACCUCUACGACUUCUCCGAGAACGGCGAGCUCAUGCUCGACGAGGUCACGCUGCUCAUGAAGUCGACGGUCGUUGGUUUGUCGAAGAUCUCCCUCGACACGCCCCCGUCCCUCAAGGAAUUCGAAGCGUUGGCGAAGCUCGCCCUCGGCUGCGAGCUCUCCGUCGACGGGAAGCCCGUCCUCGAGAACACGGCGACGAUCUCGCGGACCAAGUUCGUGACGUACUGCGACUCCAAUCCGACGAUGUCGAGCUGGCUCGCGCACUACGACGACGUCGGCGCGCCGCCCGCGGAGACGGCGGAGAAGCCGGCCAUCGCCGACGUGGCGUCCCUGGUCUUAGCCGCGGACGCGACGAACUUCAAGAAGCGCGUGGACAAGAAGGAGUGGCUCGCGACGAAGGACGUCGGCCUGGGCGACGCGCCGUGCGAGGCCGCGCACGUCCAGCUGAUCCCCACGGAGCCGCCCGCGUCAGUCUCGACGAAGCCCGACUCGACGCUCGAGCUGUCCUGGGUCUUCGGCUUCGGCGCGCCGGGCGUGCGCAUGAAUUGUCAUUAUUGCGCCACCGGCGCGGUCGCGUUCCACGCCGCGGAGGUCUGCGUAUUGCAAUCCGUGGGCACCGAAGAAGAGGGCUUCAAACCGAGGCAGGAGUUCUUCCUGGACCACGGCCUGUCCAUCUCCGCGCUGGCGCUCUCCGCCGACGGCGCGACGCUCGCGUCGGGCGACGGCGGCGACGAGGCCAAGGUCUGCGUCUGGGACGCGGCCACUAGGGAAUCCAAGGCCGUCUUCCGCGGCUUCCACAGGGGCGCCGUCACGGUGCUGGACUUCUCCAAGUGCGGUAAGCUCCUGCUGUCCGUCGACGCGCGGGACCACCUCGCGCUCUGGGACCUCGCGGCCAAGUCCAAGGUCGCGUCCUUCGUUUUGGGUAAAAAGACGUACGCGGCGUGCUUCACGGCCCACAGCCUCUGCUUCGUCUCCUGCGGCGCGGACCACGUCACCUUCUGGAUGGCGUCGGGCCAGGACAAGUACAACUUCGCACCGAAAGCGGGCCUGCCCGGCGCCGCGGGCAAGAAGGCGCGGACCUACACGUGCGUGAAAGGCUUGGACGCGCCGCCGGGCGGGUCGCCCGCGGACGACGCCUUGGUGGCGACGGCGUCGGGCGACGGCGAAUUACUGCUCUGGAAGGGCCGCAACUGCUUCCAGACGACCGAGGCCCACGUCGGCGCCAUUGCGGCGUUGCACUUCACGUCCGGCGGCACGAAAACCGCUUUAUUGACGACGGCGGGCGUCGACGGCAAGGUCAAGAUCUUCCGCGCGGACACGCUCGACAUCCUGUGCCAGAUGGAUCUCGCGACGCUCCCGGCCGUCGGGUCGCCCGUGGCCGUGUGCCUGCACCCGCUGGGCGAGAAGUGCCUCGUGGGCACGACGGACGGCGAGCUGUACGAGCUCGCCGCGCUGUCCACGGUGCCGCCCGUGCCCGAGGGCGAGGAGGGCGGGCCGCCGCCCGUCGGGUCCGCCCUCGGCGGCGGGCCCCUCGUGCGCGGGCCCUCGGGCAGCGGCGGUUUGGUGGCGCUCGUCGCGUCUCCCUCCGGCGCGUUCUUCGCGACGGCGGGGAAAGACCGCGCGGUCACGGUCUUCGACGCGGAGUCGAAGAAGACGCUGUUCCGGGAGGUCCUGCAGUCCGCCCCGACGUCGGUCUGCUUCUCCGCGGACAACACGUCGCUGCUCGUGGGUCUGGAGAAGGGCACCGCUUUGGUCUUCGCGAUCGGCGACGACUUCCUCCAGGUGCAGACGCUGGACCCGAACCCGGCGCCGGAGGUCGAGGAGGGCGCGGAGCCCGCGGAGCCCGCGGAGCCGGACCCGGACGCGCCGCCGCCGGCGGCCGUCAUCGACUGCAAGUGGGCGUCCGACGGGACCAUCGCGCUCGCGUGCGACGACAAGGUCCACUUCUUCACGUCGACGGAUUACGUCUUGAAGGGCACGGCCCAGGUCUCGGGCGUCGUGUCGAAGAUGGACUUCGCCGAGGGCGCGCCGCUCCUCCAGGUCGGCACCGUGGACCUGGAUUUGGCCAUCAUCUCCUCCGAGGACGCGUCGUCGCCGGCGCCGGACGCGGCGAAAGACGUCGCGUGGCAGACGGCGACGUGCCCCGUCGCCUACGGCUACAAGGGCGUCGUGUCGUCGUUGUAUUUCGCGACGCCGGCGGACGCCGGCGUCGUCGCCGCGGCGCCCGCGCUGGGUCUGUGCGCGGUCGGCGACCAGUUCGGGUCCGUCGAUCUGCUGCCGUACCCGUGCCUCGACAAGUCCGGCUUCCAGUCGUCCGCGGGCCACGGCCCGGGGCUGUGCGGCGUGGCAUUUCUCACGGGCGAGACGAACGGCCUACUCAGCGGCGGCGCGUCCGACGGCUGCGUCUUCCAGUGGGUGCUGGACGUCGACGAGCGCGUCGACGAGGCCGACGCCGCGGACGCGGCGGACGCGCCGCCGCCGGACGACGACGAGGAGGUCGUCGUCGACUAUAAGGCGGAGGACGACGAGACCUUGGUCGACGGCAUCGACCUGGAGAUCGAGGACAGGAGCGACAAGUUCAAGGCCGUCCGCGGCGACGUCGUCGCGAAAUUGUUCGAGCUCGAGGACGUCGACCCCGAGGCCGAGGACGCGGUCGACAAGUUCGACGCGACGGCGCCCUUCAAGGACACGGUCGUCGCGCCCGCCGCCGAGCCCUACCUGGGCCCGGCCGUGACGAACGACGACCUCGUGCUCGACUGGGUCCACGGCUACGCGGGUCAGAAAAUGACGUCAAACGUCCGCUACAACGUUAGCGGCGACGUCGUCUACCCCGCGGCCUGCGUGGGCAUCGUGCUGGAUAAAACGAAACGAUCCCAGCGCCACAUGCUCCGCCACACGGACGUGAUCACGGCGACGGCCAUGCACCCAUUGGGCGAGUUGUGCGCGACGGCGCAGGUCGGCGACGCGCCGACGGUCGUCGUCUGGAACACGCUCGACGGCGUCGUACAGCGCACCUUCUUUUUAAACGCGGGGAGUCGCGCGUGCUCCGCGCUCGCCUUCUCCGCCGACGGGAAAUAUCUCGCGUGCGCGGCGCAGAACGACGACCACGACGUCUCCGUCUUCGACUGGGACGACGGCGCGCUCGCCCGCGCGGGCCCUACCGGCGGCAAGAAGGUGCUGAGCAUGGCCUUCAAUGCCGCGGGCACGAAGCUCGUCUACGGCGCCGUCGACUCCUUCGGCGUCGCGUCGCUCGUGGGCCGCGGCGUCUGCGUGAAGCGCGGCAUCUUCGGCGCGGCCGCGCGGCGCCAGACCGUGCCCGCCUGCGGCUGGAUCACGUCCGGCGAGGGCGUCGAGGAGGCCGUCAUCGGCACGGCGUCCGGCGGCGUCUUCAAGUUGGACGGCCGCGCCAUCGGGUCCGGCGAGAAGAUGCACAGCGGCCCCGUGACGUCCAUUUUCACGUGUCCGGUUCUCCCCGGCGCCGAGGACGGGCCGGAGACGUCGGCCGUGGCGCUCGUCACGGGCGGCUACGACGGCAAGGUGAAGCUGCUGACGCCCGAGCUCGAGAUGAAGAUGGAGUUCGAUUUGGGUAGGCCGGACUACGACGCCGUGGUGUCGUCCGUGGCGUCGGCGUGCCUGAACGUCGACCGGCGCAAGGUCUUAGUGGGCACCAAGGGCUCGGAGAUCUACGAGUUAUCGACGCUCGACGAGUCGGACGUGAACAAGGGCGCGCUGGUGACGGGCCACUGCCGGGGCAAGCUCGCGGCCGUCGCCGCGCACCCGAUCCUCGGCGAGCUCGCGACGGUCGGCGACGACAUGACGCUGCGGACCUGGGACCUCGCCGCGAAAAAGCAGCUCCGCGCGCUGAAGCUCGAGGAGUGCUCCCGCGCGCUCAACUUCAUGCCCAACGGCCACCUCAUCGGCCUCGGCCUCGGCGCCGAGGAGGCCGCGUCGUCGAAGACGGGCGUCGUCCUGGUCGUGUCCACCCUGAAGCCGUCCCUCGAGGUCGUCAAGGAGCUCAAGGACACGACGGCGGCCAUCACGUGCAUCAAGUUCUCGCCCGACGGCGAGGCCAUGUGCGCGGGCGCCGCGGACAUGAAGAUCUACGUCUACGACACGCUCAACAACUUUGUGCUGAAGGCGACGUGCGUCGGCCACACGGAGCCGCCGCGGACGUUGGACUUCACGGAGAACUCGGCCUCCGUCAUGUCGUGCUCGUCCGGCCCGCAGUUCGAGUGCGUCGUCCACGACGCCAAGUCCGGCGACGUCCAGGGCGACGGCCUCUCGGAGCAGGCCAACGAGCCCUGGGACGCCUGGACGUCGACCAUCGGCUGGGGCGUGCUCGGCGCCUACCCGGCCUUCUCCAAGACCGACGACCUCACGAGCUGCUCGCGGUCCUUCGACAAGGAGCUGCUCGCGACGUCCGACGACUACGGCACGGUGAACCUCUACCGCUGGCCCUGCGUCGCGCCCGGCGCGCCCGCGAAGACCUUCGUGGGCCACGGGCCCCGCGUCGCCAUGGUCCGCUUCACGCCCAAGUCCGACUUCCUCGCGUCCGCGGGCGAGACGGACCGGUGCCUCUUCCAGUGGUCCCGCAAGCGCAACGUCGGCCCGGAGAAGGCGUCGCUGGACGACGAGGCCGCCGCGGCGCUCGCCGCGUCGUUGGCGCCCGUGGGCCUCGCGCCGCCGCCCGAGGCGCCGGAGGCGACGUGGAAGGACGAGGUGCUGCCCCCGUCCGAGGACCCGACGGCCGUCGACGCGCCCGCGCGGGCGCCGGUGCUCCAGUUCGCCUACGGCGUGCCGACGACGAAGGAGAGCGUGGGCUACAACGCCAAGGGGGGCGUGACCUACGCGGCGGGCCGCCUGGUCGUGGCCUACGACGGCAAGGCCCACAAGCAGGUCUUCUACGAGGGCUGCACGAAGCCCAUCUCCGCCUUCGCGGUGUCCGCCGACGGCGCCUACUGCGCCGCGGGCGAGUGGGACUCCGUGGCGCCUUUGAAGAUCCUGGACGCGUGCACGCUCGUCGAGGUCGCGUCGCUGCCGCCGCGGCUCCGCGGCGCGAUGACGCGCCUCGCCUUCUCGCCCUGCGGCAAGUUCGUCGCCGCCGUGGGCACGGGCUUCGGCAAGGCGCAGACGGUCUGCGUCGAGCUCCCGCCCGUCGUCGACGACGCGGAGGACGCCUAG